AGCGGGGCCGGGCUGCUCUAAACCGAGCGGCUGUCACCUGCAGGGUCCAGCUCCGGGUAGUGACGCCCGGUGAGGGCGGUGUGUCUUUGUGUCUGCCGCCUUUCCUCCUCCGCUCAUGUAAUGCACUCCCUGAACCAAGAAAUCCAAGCAUUCUCCCGGACUAACCUCAGGAAGCAGUGCACCAGGGUGACCACGCUAACUGGAAAGAAACUUAUAGAGACCUGGAAAGAUGCCACAGUUGAAGUUGUGGAAGCGGAGCCCGGCGGUGGGGGUGGUUGUGGCUACGUGCAGGACCUUAGCUUGGACCUGCAAGUUGGCGUUAUUAAGCCCUGGCUGCUUCUGGGGUCACAGGAUGCCGCUCACGAUCUGGAGCUACUGAGGAAGUACAAGGUGACCCAUAUUCUCAAUGUUGCUUAUGGAGUAGAAAAUGCCUUCCUUACUGAGUUUACAUAUAAGACCAUUUCUAUACUGGAUGUGCCUGAAACCAAUAUCCUGUCCUAUUUUCCAGAAUGUUUUCAGUUUAUUGAGCAAGCAAAACUGAAGGAUGGCGUGGUCCUCAUUCACUGUAAUGCAGGAGUUUCCAGGGCUGCUGCCAUUGUCAUCGGCUUCCUGAUGACUUUUGAAGAAAUGGAGUUCACCAGAGCUUUGUCGUUGGUGAAAAGUGCAAGGCCGUCCAUAUGUCCGAAUCCUGGCUUUGUAGAACAGCUUCGCGCCUACCAAGUGGGCAGAGAGAACAGUGGAGGUGACUAACUGCCCACAGCGGACAGGGACCGUGGUCCAUGAUCUGUGCUCUAGCAGAAACAGACCAACAGCUUCUCCAUUGGCCUCUGUUUUGGAGAGAAAACUUGUAAAACUUCUCUUUCCUGUUGUCUUUUGCCAGUGGAAAUGGGGGUUACUUGUAUUGUGCUGAAUAUUAAUACAUUUUUAAGUUUUACCAUCACUUUGUUAUUGCAAUAUCUGGUUAAGUAUUUCUUUGAAUUACAAAGAGAAGAUAAUGUAUUAUCAAAUCACUAAAUCACAUAUGUGUAGGAGAAAUUUUAAACCUUAAAUUUUUUGUUAGA